AUGCCUUCAGAUGACAAGAAACCCACCAUACCCGCCUCGUACGGCGAUGACGUCUGCAGGAUCUUCUUCCAAAGUCAAGGCCCCUGCCUAAUCUCUCGCAAAGCCCUUGCAAAAUGCCCGGCCAUCGCAUCCCGCCUGACCUCCAAAUCCUUCUUCUCCAACUCCCUUGACAGCGUCAACAUCGAAGAGAUCCCCCACGAUGUCGGCGCCGUGGUAAUCCACUUCUUGCGGUCAAGGCGAUACCGAGCGCUGACCUUCGACGUCGAAUCUGAAGAAGAACGAACACGUCUUGAGCUCAGAACCGCUUUUCGGGUUUAUGCGGCUGCUGUUGAUUUGGAGUUAAUUGCCCUCAAGAAUGUUGCCCAGAAUGUUAUGUCGGAUCUCGAGAACCUGAUGGAUUUGAAGACUGUUGCGAUCGUGUUGAAGGAGACUGGGUUGCACUUGGAGGAAUGGCCUUGCUUGUUGAUGCAUAUCUACUCGUUUAUUCAAGCUUCGAAGGGCGUUGCCUCGAGUGAGGAUAUGACGUGGAUUAUUUCCGAGCACGGGUUUCCAGACAGCGUCAAUGUUGACUCGUUCCAGUCUUCGCUCGUGUCUAAGGGAUCGCCUUGGAAGAAGGAAGAAGAAAAAAGCCCGAAGGCUCAACCGACCAGAGACAUAGCCGAACCGAGGGCAAAGACUUGGUCCCCCUCCACCUCCAGCGAAACCAAACCAAAGUUGAAGUCCAGCAAGACUUGGGCAAACAUCUUUCCAAAGGAUUUUUCGAUGUGGAGGCUUGGUAGAGACAAGACUCGAGCUGAGGCGCCAGAGGAAACCAUCGUUGAACAGAGGCCGAUAGACGAGAUCAUGGAACCGCCUCAGGGUCUUUCGGAAGUUGCGAUGGCAUACGUCAAGCACCUGUCGCUAUCCAUUGUAGGACAGGAAUGUGAGGCAGGAGAUAUUGCUCUCCAGAGCACAAUUACAACUCCUCCACCAGUGAAAGACCUACAAUAA